AUGGAGUGUCACAUCCCGCAGCAGCCACAGCACAGACAUUCGAUGGGGGCGGUGGCUGAGUGGCGAUGGGGUCAGUUCCGGAUAGGGGCGCAACGGUGGUGCGCCUGGCGGAAGCUCUCCCGACCGGUGCAGGCACUGCUGGUGGUGACCGUGCUGCUGCUGGCCAUCGUCGGCCGGAGUACGGUGAGCGGUGAGCCGAACUGUCCGUCUGCCUGCCAGUGCAAAUGGAAGGGCGGCAAGCAGGCAGUGGAGUGUUUGAGUGGCAACCUGUUCACGAUCCCGGAGAACAUCGACCACUCGACGCAGGUGCUGGACGUGUCCGGGAACAAUCUGCAGAUUAUAUCGAACGAAACGUUCGUCCGGUCGAAUCUGCUCAACCUGCAGAAGCUGUACAUGCGAGACUGUCGCAUCGGUCAGAUCGAUGACGGUGCGUUUGCCGGGUUGACGAAUCUGGUCGAGCUGGAUCUGUCGAUCAAUCUCCUCACAGCGGUACCGUCCGCUGCGUUCCAGCACAUCGUUUCGCUGCGUGAUCUUACGCUCGCGCGCAACCACAUCCAGAAGAUUGAGAGUCACGCGUUCCGGAACGUGACGGCACUGACCAAGCUGGAUCUGUCGUUCUGCAGCAUCCAGACGAUUGCACCGCAAGCGUUCGAAGGGCUGGGUUCGCUGCAUUCGCUCAAGCUGAACGGCAACCAGCUGUCCGAGUUGCGCCCGAAGACGAUCGAAACGCUGAGCCGACUGCACGGCAUUGAGCUGCACGAAAACCCUUGGGUGUGCGACUGUCGGUUGCGGGCGGCCAAACUGUGGCUGACGGAGCACAACAUUCCGUACCCGAUCGCACCGACCUGUGCCGGCGGGCCCGAGCGGGUGAUGGACAAGACGUUCGGCGAGCUGCAGGUGGAUGAUUUUGCCUGCAAGCCGGAGAUGUUGCCGGUGCGUCGCUUCAUCCAGGCGUACAGUGGCGAAAAUGCGACGAUCGAGUGUCGCAGUUCGGCCGUCCCGUCGGCCACCGUCAAUUGGUACUGGAACGGGAAGCUGCUGGUGAACAACUCCCACUUCAGUGCGUACCAGCGUGUGCUGGUGUACGAGCAGGGUAACUUCGAGAAGCGCAGCAAGCUAACGCUCACGAACGCGCAGGAAACGGAUUCGAGCGAGUUUUACUGCGUGGUGGAAAAUCGGGCCGGUACGGCCGAGGCGAACUUCACGCUGCACGUUGCGAUGCGCGAUAUCGCGAUCGAUAACCGGCAGAUCAUAGGGCUGAGCGCGGCCCUGGUCAUACUGAUACUGUUCAUCCUGCUGAUCAUACUGUUCCUGCUCGUGCGAUUACGGCGCAUACCGAUGACGGAGACGAAAACUCCGAACCAGGUCGAGGUGAUCACGUCCGUAAGUCCCUCUAGCAAUGUAAAUGGCAAGGUGGCGACACCUAUUAACGAUUGUCAUUCUCCAGAUCGAAAAAACGCCCCCGGCGAUCUAAAGUGCUGCCCGUCGUCGGCGGCCAAUCCGGUACAGAAGCCACCCCGGCUGACCGACCUGCCGUACUCGACGUCCCAUUACGACGGUGGCGGUAGUCUGAUCGCGUCCGGCCAGUGUUUCGUCUCGCCGACGCAUUCGCUCACCGGGAACAAUCCGGACCUGAUCAACGAUACGAAGCGGCUGGGCAGUGGCACCGAUCUGGCCACCGGCAGCGUUGGUGUUCCACCCGCGACCGACCCACUCGCCCAUCUCAGCCAGCUGCAGAUGCAGGCCACCACCGCACUCAACACCGCCCUCGCGCUGAUGGACCCGGUCGAGCGGCCGGGCAGUGGCGAGUAUAGCCGGGCCGGUUGCGACUCGCUCUAUCCGUCCGGGCUGUGGGAAACGCACAGCUCUAACCUAGCGACCACCGGACUCGAACAUGGUGGAGGUGGUGGUGUCGCCAGCCACGGGCCCUACUCCGACAAGCUGCCCAUCCUCGGUUCAUCCACGACCGGACCGACCAUGCUGAACCUGGACGACGAAUCGUCCUCCGUCGACUACCUGAGCCGAACGUUCCCGCGUACCCAUCUCAACACCGGCCUCUCGCUUGCCACAGCCACCACCGGACAUGCCGGCGCGUAUGGACCGGCGGGCGCUUCCGGUGCGCCGUCGACAACCAACAGUGGCGGCGGCGGUGGGUACCCCGCCGACUACGGUCUCCCGAUCGUGCCCGGUGCGGAGCAGCUGCACAACAAGCUGGCGAGCGUACAGCCGGCCCAUCACGGCAGCACCGGCAGCAUGCCGAUGAACGCGAAAACGCUGCGGGUGUGGCAGAAGGGCGGUGUGCCGGUUCUGCCACCGGUGACCGCCUUAAAACGUGCUUUAUCCAACAGCCGCAACUCGCCCGACGAAGGCUACCAGGAGGGCUGCGGGACGGAUGUGUAGUCCAGCUUUUAGGCUUUCCGCUUGCCCUCGCU